AUGUCACACCACAAGAAAUGUGUUGUUAUAAAGAUUGGUUCCCACCAUACAAUUGCUGGUUUUAAUAAUACUGAACUACCUCAAUGUAUUUUACCAUCCAGUUAUUUGAAGAAAGGUUCAGAUGAAUAUAUUUUUGGUACAAUUUCCAUGUUAGAAGAAGCCAUGGCAAAGAAUGAAGGUGAAACAAAUGAAAGUUUAGAAGUAUUUACCACUGUGGAUGAGAAUGGUAUUCCAUACAAUUGGACAGUUAUAGAACAACAAUUGAAAUAUAUCUAUAAGACUCAAUUGAAAUGUGAACCACAAGAUUUACCACUAGUCAUUACUGUUCCACAUUUGAAAAGUGAAUUAGCUAAUAAAGUUCUUGAAAGAUAUUUUAAUAUUGCAUUUACUAAAUUGAAUGUUCCUGUAUUACAAAUCAUUAUUGAACCAUUAGCGAUUGCAUUAGCCAUGGGUAAGACAUCUGCUUUAGUUAUUGAUUUAGGUAGUUCUGGUUGUAAUAUUACACCUAUUGUUGAAGGUACAGUGGUAAAGACUAGUGUUAUGAGAUCUAGAUUUGCUGGUGAUUUCUUAGAUUAUCAAGUUACACAAAAAGUUGAAAAUAUUGUUAAAAAUAAUAAGAAGAAAAAUAAUUCCGAAGAAAUAGAUAUUGAUGGUGACAUUAAUAUUUCAAACGAGGAUAAUAUAUUAUCAGAUAAUAAAGAUUCUGUUGAUGUUUGGUUACAAGCCAACACAUGGAUUCAAGAUUUUAAAAUUAAUAUGUUACAAGUAAGUGAUAAAGAGUUACCAGAAUUAGAAAGAUUUUAUAAAGAACAAGCAGAAAUGCAAAUUAGACAACAAGAACAAUUACAACAAUAUUCAACAAAUAAUGUUAAUGCUAAAUUAGAUGAAGCUGCGAUUGCAUCAAUUCAAAAUAAUAAUCCAUUAUCCCAAAAGAAGAAUUUCUUAUAUAAAUUAGCCAACCAAACGAUUUCUUUAGAGUCUCGUCAAUGUUAUGAAUUAGCAGAAUCAUUAUUUAAUCCAAGUAUGAUAUCAGAGAAAUAUACAAAAGAGGAUGGACUUGGAGAAAUAAUAGGUAAAUCUAUUAAGAAAGCUGGUGCAAGUGUCAGUUCUGUUGGGACUAAUACCAUUGGCGCACUUGGUGCAUCAAUGACUAUUCAACCAAUGAAUACUCAAUCAAAGAAUAAUUAUCUUGGAGACAAUAAUGGUAAUAAUAACAGUAAUGCAACUGGAAUUAACUCUUUAAGUACAACUGCUACUACACCGGAAUAUAUUUAUUCAAUGUUAUUAACUAAUAUUAUUGUAACAGGUGCUACAUCAUUAAUUAAUGGUAUGGAACAACGUAUCAUUAAAGAAUUAUCUAUACGAUUCCCACAAUAUAAAAUCACGACAUUUGCCAAUCAGGUAACGAUGGAUCGUAAGAUUCAAGGAUGGACCAGUAGUGUUUCAAUGUCUAAUUUACCAUCAUGGGAAUUAGCUAAAUGGUAUACUAAAUCUGAUUAUGAAAAAGAACUUAAUAGUGAAACUGUUAAUGAAAAAUAA